GCAGGAACAUGGCCGGGCAGGGCGGGAGCAGCGCUGGAGGCCGCGGCGUUGUGAUUUCAGACAAUUGGCCUGGAUACAGUCUGGAUUUAUUUACUUAUCCUCAGCACUACUAUGGAGACCUGGAAUAUGUCCUCAUUCCACAUGGCAUUAUUGUUGACAGGACAGAACGACUGGCAAAAGAUAUUAUGCAAGAUAUUGGAGACAAUGAUAUUGUGGUUCUCUGUGUCCUCAAAGGUGGAUACAAGUUCUGUGCUGAUCUUGUGGAGCACUUUAAAAAUCUUAGCAGAAAUUCAGAAAGGUUCAUCUCCAUGAAAGUCGAUUUUGUUAGACUGAAAAGUUACCAUAAUGAUCAGUCUAUGCAAGAUAUGCAGAUAAUUGGAGGAGAUGAUCUUUCAAAGCUGACUGGCAAGAAUGUUCUAAUUGUGGAGGAUAUUGUUGGAACCGGAAGAACCAUGAAGGUUCUGCUUAACAAUAUAGAAAAAUACAAGCCGAAGAUGAUUAAAGUGGCAAGUUUGUUGGUGAAAAGAACAUCUCGGCCUGAUGGGUACAGACCAGAUUAUUACGGAUUUGAAAUUCCAGAUUUGUUUGUGGUAGGCUAUGCCUUAGACUACAAUGAGCACUUCAGAGAUCUAAAUCACAUAUGUGUUAUCAAUGAUCGUGGCAAAACAAAAUACAGAGUCUAAAGCAGUAACAUCCACACCUGGAUAUUUCUGUGAAGCAGAAAUUUGACUACAGUCCCACAGGCAUCUCCCAGAAAAGCAAUUCAACUGACUUGUAUGUCUUUCAACUCAGUAUAAUAAGGGGUUUACUCUAGAGAUACUAAUGAAUAUUUACAGAAGUGAGAGCUCUUAUCUAAAAUGUGAAACAUAGGACUUUUACAGUUACUACCUUUAUUAAGUAUUAAAAUUACCACCUAAGAUGCCUUUUGACUAAUCACUUGUAUGCCUCAGGUCUCAUUGUGAACACAUCUUUUCUUUGCUCAGUCCUUCAUUCCACCUACUGCAAUUUAUGUACUUCACGGUGU